CCAUCGUCCAUCCACACUGACGAGCCCCUCCUCUCCACAUCGAAGACUACGCCCAUCGAACAUCAAUUCCUGCACGCGUACGCAUACAUCAUAUUCUCUCCCCUUGCGCUGAUCAGACCGACAUGUUCUCCACAACUUGCAAGACCGCACUUCGACCUCCCACUGCUCUGCUGUCCAAAGUCGGCGCUCCCUCAUCCUCCACCACCUCCAUCAUCUCCUCCUCCUCCUCGUCGCGCCUGCCCCUUCCCACCGCCUCAUCAUCAUCUUCAUCACGACAUUUGAGCGCCUCGACGCGCGCUCUGUCGGAUGGCGAUGGACAAGAAUCUCCCUUUAGCAGACCUGGACCUCCUCCUCUUCCACCCAAGGAACAGCGAGAAUUCGAGAGGUUGGUAAAGGAAAAGAGCAACGCUUUGCAAUUCAACUCGAACGCAAGCGGAAACGAAAGCGACGCCAUUCAUCCCGAUGCGCGAAGGGUGCCCACGCCGGAUUUCGAGGGAGACACGAAUCCCAGCACUGGAGAGGUGGGAGGACCAAAGAAGGACCCGUUGGCUUGGCAGAGGGAAUGGACUUACGGCGGCAGGGCUACAGAUUUCUGAUUUGGCGUUAGGGCGAAUCCUGCCGUGGCGGAUCGAGCCAGGCAUCAUGAUCGACUUGGCCGAUUGCUGCGCCACCUGCAUUCGAGAGCUACACGGGCGCACUUUAGCGUCAAGACGAGCGGCCGGCCAUGGGGCCUCCAAAAGGCACGCCCUGCUCUGCAGCGUCUGACAGUCAGUGAAAAGCUUAGAGAUGGCCCCGACGCCUGGGCCUCUUGCAUCCCAAAGGAUGCUCGCGCGACCAGUCGCCGGUAUCCAACAGGCAGCGCGAGCGCGUUUGCCAAUGAUCAUGCAUUUUGCCAUCUAG